AUGUUUGUUUGCGCAGCGUCCAGCGAGGUGACGAAGCUUCAGCAGCACUUGGCGCUGCUGAAGGAGGAGUACAGUAAGCUGCAGAGUCACUGUGCAGAGGUGGAGCGCAAGUAUACACUUGCGGCCGCAUCGGCCGGUGACUUGAGCGAGACGAGUUUCGUCGCGCGGCUGCUCAUGACCGUGGCGACACUCUACGGCAGAGAAACCUAUUCAGACAUAGAAAUAAAGUUACAGAGCAAGUCUAUGCCGGGUCAUAAGUUUGUCUUGUGUGCCCGAUCUGAUGAUUGGAAUGAAGAAGCAUUGAAAGACCUGAAGGAGUUGGACUGGUCGGUACUCCCUGACGAUGUUGGUGCAGCACUGCUCAAAUGGCUUUACACAGAUGUAGUGGACCUGACUCGGGGAGACAUGUUUGCACUUCAGCUCAUGAAGUCCGCAGCUAACUUCAAGCUUAACGGUUUGGUGGGGAAGUGUGAACAGGCCCUUAUUGCCAGUGUGGGAGUCAGGACUUGUGUAAAGUUCUACUCUGCCGCUGAUGAGAUUGGGGCAUCGGCUCUCAAAGAACAUUGUUCCGGACUUAUUUCUGCUCACUGGGAUGAUCUCACAGGCGAAGACUUCGCGCACAUGUCGUCCGCGCUGCUCUACCGCAUGCUGAAGAGCAAGACGCCGCAGCCGCUGCACGGCGCCGUCCGGCUGCUGAGGGAGGACGUCGUGUUCCUGUGUCUCGUCGAGAACCACGCCAAUCUAACAGACAUCGUGAACGCGAUGUCGUCGCGCGGGGAGCUCCCCCUGGAGCUCGCUCUCCGCGGCCACAGUACCUCCAUCGCCACCACCCUUCUUCAGCACUGCGCUGACGCCAAUGCUAAGGGCGCCCGCGGCAGGACCUUACUGCAUCGGUCCAUAGACUCGAGGGAUUCGUUCUCCGCUAAGUUUUUGGUAGACAACGGGGCUGACUGUAACCUCACUACCAAGGAGGAAGGCGACACUGCACUGCACCUUAUAGCCGGAUUGACUGCAAGCUCUUGCGAUGAGGAAACUAUGGAUCAGAUGGCGGAAAUCGCGGAAGUCAUGAUUGAAAAAGGCGCUGAUAUUAAUCGACAAAAUCGGAAAGGAUUCACACCACUACAUCAAGCAGUCAUAGCACGAAAUCAAAGAAUAUUCGAUCUCCUACUCAAACAACCAGCUUUAGACACAAACUUGCGGACUCUAACCGACGAGCAUCCGCCCCUCUACUACGCACUAGUCGACGACAGGCGGGCUUCGAUCUCUUCCAGCGAAACUCUAGUCAUGAAUGGGUCUAACCCAUUCGAUACGCCAGUGACCAAUACUGCGGCGUUUACUGAAGACCCGGUGGAGGGAAAGACUGAGAGUAUCGUGGAGAGAGGGUUUGCUGCUAAGCUGUUGGCGAGAGGGUGCCAAAUGAAUCCGGUGUAUUCUGGCUCUGGGGAUAGCUUACUACACAUUCUGGCCCAGGGAUGGUUUGAGGACUCGGCUGUAUUUCUGACGGCGCAUCUAAACGGUGAUCUGAAUCACACAAACGAGGCGGGCCUCACAGCUUUACAUGCAGCAUGCGCUAAUGGCCUCGCACGCCUCACGGCCUCGCUGUUAGAACACGGCGCGAGGCCCAACCUACAAACCUCAUAUGGGGAGCAAGAGGAUACUGUUUACAGACAAACCCCUCUCCACUUAGCGGUGCUAAGCAACCACGAGACAGCGGUCCUAGCCAUACUGGAACACAAGAAACUCAUCGAGAAAGACGAUAUGCCCGCCACUGACCGUAGCAACGUCAGCCUACUGCCUAAUCUUAACUUGAAAAACUCUGAAGGAGACACGCCUGUCAGCCUCGCUCUGUCUGAAGGACACAAAAAUCUAGUGGCGCCCCUGAUAGAGGCCGGGGCGGACCCGAACGUGCGCAACGGCAAGGGAUUAACAGUACUACACCAGGCCAUUGUGGAGGAGGACUCCAAAACCGCCAUCUAUUUGUUAGAUCAUGGAGCAGAUAUGGACUCUUUAACGGAAGCCGGCGAAACGCCUCUACAGCUCGCCAUACAUUGUCGCCUCGGGCUCGUGGUAGAAGCUCUGUGCGUGCGAGGCGUAGACAUGAGUCGCCUCGACGCCAACGGAGUGCCGCCUCUAUGGGCAGCCCUUGAUUCUGGACAGGAAGAAGUUGCCAGCAUUCUGGUACGAAAUGGCGCUGAUGCUGACUGCUGGGGACCGGGGCCUGAUGGCUGCUUGCAAACUUUAUUACACAAAGCUAUCGACGAAAACAAGGAGAAUCUAGCGACAUUCCUGAUCCGUUCCGGUUGUGACGUGGAAUCGUCACGCCGCGCGGGCGCCGCGGGUGAAGGCGCUGACGUCGCCAACGAGAAACAGUCGCCGCUACAUCUGUGCUGCACCUGGGGGCUCACUGAUGUUAUACAGACUUUACUAGAACACGGCGCCAACAUCAACUCCAAAGAUUCCGAAGGCAAGACUCCCCUCCACAUCGCGAUCGAGAACCAGCACGAGGGCAUCAUCUCUCUCCUUCUCUCCCAGCCGGGCAUAGACUUGUCGGCGAGGGACAACAAGGGCGUGUCGCCUUUCGCUGCCGCGCUUACGGCUAGGAAUAAUAAGGCUGCGCAAGCCAUUCUUACUAAGAAUCCUUCGGCAGCGGAACAGGUGGACAAGAAAGGGCGGAACUUCCUCCACGUGGCUAUACAGAAGUGCGACAUGGAGAGCGUCAUGUUCCUGCUGUCUGUAGAAGUGGACGUCAACUCGCGUAUACAGGACAGCAGCACGCUGGCGCCGCCCUUGCAUCUGGCGGCCGCGGUGGGCAACGAGGUGUUGCUUCGGAGUCUACUACUCGCGGGCGCGAGGCCCAACGAUCGGGAUGCUCAGAAACGCACCGCCCUCCACGUGGCCGCGAGCGCCGGGCACGCCAACAUCGUGUCGGCGCUGCUGAGCGGCGGCGCGGAGUGCGGCGCGGUGGACGCGGCGGGCGACAACGCGCUGCACGUGUGCGCGCGCGAGGGACACGCCGCCGCCGCGCGCGCGCUGCUCGCCGACUCCGACGUCGACGCCGCCGCUGUCAACCUCAAAGGUCGCAACCCCUUGCACGAGUUGGCCUGGUGCAAGAAGGAUAACGCCGCAGCGAUCUGCGAAAUAUUUAUCGAGCUGAUGCCAGACUACCCCAUCAACAGGACUGAUUUGCAGGGCAAUACUCCGCUACUGUUAGCGUAUAUGAACGGGCAAGCGGCGAUGUGCAGGGUGUUGGUCCGCGCGGGGGCCUGUCUGGCACAGGAAAAUAAGGAUGGCGUUUCUAUAUUUAAUUAUCAGGUGGCGACAAAGCAACUGUUGCACCGGCUGCUCGACGCGCUGCCGGCGGAGGCGCCGUGGGCCGAGAGCGACCUGUGCCAGGAGUGCGGCACCAAGUUCACGCUCACCAUGAGGAAACACCAUUGUCGUCACUGCGGCCGAAUGCUGUGCAACAAAUGUUCGAACCAAGACGUCCCCAUACUGAAGUUCGGUAUGAACAAACCGCAGCGAGUGUGCGAGAUAUGCUUCAAAGUGCUCCAAGUGGGCGCCAGUUAGUGCCGCUGUGUUGGCAACACUGGCGACGAUAUCGAUUGCGUAUGAUUGGAUUUCCACUACCUUCACAGUCAAAAGACCUUUUAUAAACCUUAUUACAACGAGAUAAGGUCCUAUUAGAUGGAUCUCAAAGCGAUUUAGUACCGCUUGUGAGACCUAUGCGUGCGUAAAAAAAAGACACAUGUAAAUGCCACAAUGUAUUAAGAUGCUACUAGAUGGUGCGAAGUAUAAGAAGUAAGAACGCCUACGUCAUGUGACCGCAAAUUUUGUUAUAUGUCAGUGUGUCUCACUCUCUUAUUAAAGCAAAAUGUGAGACGCAAUACACAUUAGGUGGAAUACCACCCUAUGUUAAAGGCGGCUGAUGAAAAGAAUGCGUGUAGUUUUCGAUAAAAAAUUACAAAGUUCUGAUUACUCUACAUUUUCAAGCAAACCUUUCAUCUCACCUUAAUAAUGUUUUAGUAUGGUCAAUAUUAUAUAAACUGCUAACCUCUUUAUCUACAGACAGUGACUACCUUUUUAAAACUGUUCGGAUGGGGUAUGAAUACUGAAAAACAACAAAGCAAUACUGUUUUGUGUAAAAUAAUAAUUAAUUUUUAAACACUGUCACAAAAUGAUAUAAAAAAAGUGUGAAUGUAGUAUUGCCAAUAUUUAGUGGAUCUCUGCUGUGCAUAUUAACAGAUUUAUAUUGCGUUGAUACUACAUUUGUACAUUAUGUGAUGUAAGUUUCCAUCAAAUGAUUGUAUGAUCAAGAAAUACCGUAAUUUUCUUUUGUAUUUAAUCUUUAGGAUUUUUAUCAAUGAUACUCUUAAACCGUCAAAAUGUGUGGAAAAGAUUAAAAAAAUAAAAUUAGUGCCUCAAUGUUGGCAAAUUAUGUUUCGGUUCGAUGGAACAUAAUUUCACUAUGCCAAAGUCUGAUAGAGCGUGCUUAUAUUUUCAUUUAGAUUUUAAGUUCAAAUUAUUAUUCAUAUAGGAAUCAAAAUUGUAACUUUGUAUUUUAUGAUGAUAGGAUGGCAAAAAUAAGAUAUUUAAUCAGUACUUCCACUUAAUAAAUCUCCAAAAUGAACUUACGGAAUUAGGCGCACGUCCUUUUGUAGCCUUACCACGAGCUUGACACUGACAUAUUCGCUAGCGUCUGUGUAACUUACUAUGCCUCUCGUUCGAACUGGCAUAUUAGUGCGAUCGAGAUGUAUAGAAAGUAAGUUACGCGACAUUAGCGAAUAUGUCAGUGUCAAAGUCGUGUUAGCCAUACUAGUUUGCAACCCAUGAUGUAUUAAAUGCUGGAAUGGUCAUAGCAUUGCUACUCUUGGACUUCAUAUAAGGUAAAUGGAGCUCCCUUUAGUGUGUAUAGAAAGUCAAAAUACUGAUAGUAUCUAUGUAAGGAACUUCGUUUGUAGAAGUUAUGCAUGUUUUAGUUUCACUUCUCUCCACUCUUAUCGAAUGUUGCGCCAUUAAUAACAUUAUUAUUGUAUACAAAGUCAAUUUUUGAUACAUAUUUUAUUUACAUUAUUAGUAUUUAUUAGCAAUAAGAUUUUGACACAAUUGAUUUUUUUUAUUUCUAGACAUUAUUUAUAUUGUUGUGUCCAUUAUUGAAUGCUCUUAAAAUAUGUUUAUAUUUUUAAGGUCACUGAUUAAUUGUCUACACAUUCCAAAUUUAGCCUUUUGUGCAAGUAAAACUUGUAUUUUUGGCAUUUGCAAUAUUCUUAUGAACACUUACUAGGAUAAGGAGAGAAUGUUUUGUCAGAGGCUGUACUUUGCAACUACGAACAGUACGAACAGAUGUAGUGCAUAAUAGUUUUCCAUCGUAUUUUCUCGGAAACGUUCGUAUUUGUCAUGCUACUUCAGUCAACGUCAGUACUUUUUGUACCGAGACUGACUGAAAUAGCAAGACACGUUCGUAAGUUUCCGUAAAAAUACGAAGGAAAAUAAUUAUGCAUUCUCGCAUCACAUCUGUAUAUAUGAACAUGAACAUACAUUUAUUUGGCGUCUUAAUGCUUCAGAGUAGCUGUUAUUCUACACAUUUGGCUAUAACAGCUCCUGUGAAUCUCAAAAAUCGCCGCGUAUUAGAUAUAAUAGAUUUAUUUAUCUCUGCUAUUGAAUGAGUGCCAUUCGUCUUGAAAAACUUGCUUUGUUUCAAGAUGAGAUGAAAAUUUUUAUAGAGCUUCUUAUAUUUUAUCGAAUGAAUUAUUGUUUUCGUCCAAACUAUUAUUGCUGUAAUAAUAAAAUUUUAUAUGCCUUA